AUGCUGAUGAACGCCUCUUUUUCCAGCUUCAAGACAAAGCAGAGCCUGACAGUGGUCUUUUUGGCUUUGAAUACUGUGGUGUGGCAAUUGACUACCCCGAAAGAGGAGUUGCCAAAAGGCAGGAGUAAAUGGCACAAAAGUUUCUAUACUUUGGCUUGGAUUGUGUUAAUAACCUCUAGUAUCUCAUCAGUCGUUGUACCCUUGAUGAGCGAUAAAGUGCGUUUACACAUCCUUUCAGUGUUAAAAGUUAACGCUAAUGAUCUCGUUGGUCAGAGCGAAGAUCAAGAUCAAAACGGUGUCCUCACAUCGUUGGAAGCGAUUAAAACAGAGAUUAAAAACAUGAAGACUUCAACUGAGGAAGCCACCAAGGCAUUCAAGAAAUUGGCUGAACUGUUAGUGCAAGAAGAAUUAAGCAGACAACAGAAAUUGGAAGAAAUAAUCAAAGCUUUUAAAUAA